CCUCCUCCUCCUCCUCCCUCUCCUCCUCCUUCUCUUCCUCUUCCUCCUCCUGAACCUGACAGACCGGUGCAGACUCACUGGACUUCUCUUUAUUUGACUUACUAAUUUUUGUUAAAUGUUAUAAAAUCAUCAUCUUCUUCAUCUUCAUCCAUCCUCUUGUUCGCCACUUCACCAUUUCAUUCACUUAUUUGGCAGCUGCGGUCCAGUGAGCCUGAGUGAAGAUGUACCUGGAGAAUAAGAGUAAUAUUGAGGUGGAGAUGUCUCAAACUGGAGGCCAGGGUCACUCCAGCAGGGUAGGCCGCAGAAAGUCAGACUCUGUGUCUGGAAACUUUGAUGAGCUUCGUCUGCUGGAGGGAUUCUCAGGAAAAAAAGAAACACAGAAAUUACUGCAGGCUGCAGCCAUGCCCUCAGGACACUGCAUCAUCUACACCGACGUCCAUCAGGAGGACAGGCACAGCUUCAACAUGGUAAACCUCCUCAAUGGCAAAUCCAACCAAGCAAACCACACGGAGCGGACACCCCUUCUCAAGUUUUCCCAAAAUGAUAGUAUCACCUACAUGACUCUGCAUGAGCCCAGUCUGGGGUCUGGAGAGGAAUCAUGGGAGGCGAGCUCUGCUGAACUGGAGCGAAGGUGCAGGCUGGGCAGUGAGGUGACCAGUCUCUCACACAUCACAUCCCCAGAGAAGAGUGAAAAUUACUUCAAACUUUCUUUUCCCAUCAGAUAUUGCCUAGGGAUGACAAGACUCAUCACCAUCUUCGUUAUUGUUGUUCUGAGUUCACUGUUUUUCAGCAUGUAUCCCGACCGGGAGAGCCCCUGGAGGAUGCUGGCGGUCUCAUCCACCGAGAGCUUCUCCAUGAAUCUUACAGAUUUUCGUGACAACUCCUUGCUGAAGUUGCAAGUCGGUGGGCCAUUUUUGGGAGGGAUGGAGGCUGUGCAGGAGUCCCAGGAGUAUAUUCUCAUCCAGGUGGAGCAGACGGAGGAAGCCGGGCCUCGCCGGAGAAGAACUCAGCAGGUGCUGUAUAAUUGGACCAUACCACUGCAUUCCCAGCGAAGUGACCAAAUUCUGAGAACAAGAACAUUUGAAAUGGUUAGCAGCGCUCCUAUUCAGAUCAGCGUUCAGGCCUUUCUACUGGACAAUCAGGUGGUUCCUUUGUCCAUGACUAACCAGUCUCUGUAUGUGACGGUGGAAACACAGGUGCUCAUCGCCGGUCUUAUCCUGGCAGGAGUCUACGUGCUCAUCAUCUUUGAGAUUGUUCACCGCACUCUGGCUGCAAUGUUAGGCUCCCUGUCCGCGCUGGCAGCUCUGGCUUUUAUUGGAGAUAGGCCGAGUCUUAUGACUGUCGUGGAAUGGAUUGACUAUGAGACGCUUGCUUUGCUGUUUGGAAUGAUGAUACUGGUGGCAAUAUUCUCGGAGACUGGUUUCUUUGAUUACUGUGCGGUGAAGGCCUAUCAGUUAUCACGAGGAAGAGUUUGGCCCAUGAUCAUCAUUCUCUGCUUAAUUGCGGCAAUUCUGUCGGCCUUCCUUGAUAAUGUGACAACUAUGAUGCUCUUCACCCCUGUGACUAUAAGGCUUUGUGAGGUGCUUAAUCUGGACCCCAGGCAGGUCCUGAUUGCAGAAGUAAUCUUCACUAACAUCGGAGGAGCUGCCACUGCUGUCGGAGAUCCCCCAAAUGUUAUCAUCGUAUCUAACCAGGAUCUCCGCAAAAAAGGGAUUGACUUUGCGGCCUUUACGGGUUACAUGUUCCUGGGAAUCUGCCUAGUGCUGCUGACCUCGUUUCCCUUUUUGAGGAUGCUGUUCUGGAAUAAGAAACUUUACAACAAGGAGUCAAGUGAAAUCGUGGAGCUGAAGCAUGAGAUUCUGGUGUGGAGGCAGACAGCCCAUCGCAUUAACCCUGCCAGCCGAGAGGAGACCGCCGUCAAGUGUCUUCUCAUGCAGAAGGUGCUCAAUCUGGAAAGCCUCCUGCGCAAGAAGCUCAAGACCUUCCAGAGGCAGAUUUCGCAGGAAGACAAAAACUGGGAGCACAAUAUUCAAGAGCUGCAGAAAAAGCACAGAAUAACAGACAAAGUCCUCUUGGUGAAGUGCUUGACUGUCCUCGGUGUGGUCAUCUUCAUGUUCUUCCUGAACUCCUUUGUUCCUGCCAUACAUCUGGAUCUGGGUUGGAUCGCUAUCUUGGGGGCUCUGUGGUUACUGGUGCUGGCUGACAUUCAGGACUUUGAGAUCAUACUUCAUAGAGUAGAAUGGGCCACGCUGUUGUUCUUCGCUGCUCUGUUUGUGCUCAUGGAGGCUCUUGCUCAGCUGCAGCUCAUCGACUACAUUGGGGAGCAGACUGCAGUGUUGAUAAAAGCAGUGCCAGAGGAUGAACGGUUGGCCAUCGCCAUCAUUUUGGUAUUGUGGGUUUCAGCACUGGCGUCCUCUCUAAUAGACAACAUUCCCUUCACUGCCACUAUGAUUCCAGUACUCAUAAAUCUCAGUCAAGAUGCUGAUGUCAACUUGCCAAUAAAACCUCUGAUUUUUGCAUUGGCUAUGGGAGCUUGCCUUGGAGGAAAUGGUACACUGAUUGGAGCAUCUGCAAACGUGGUGUGUGCUGGGAUUGCUGAACAGCACGGCUAUGGAUUUUCCUUCAUGGAGUUCUUCAGGUUGGGCUUCCCUAUGAUGCUUAUGACCUGCACAAUAGGCAUGUGUUAUCUGCUCGCAACUCACAUCGGACUUCACUGGAACACAUAAACUUACCCUCCACAUGGGGAACCAAAAAGACUUCUGAGUUUGUGUGUGGAUGUUAAUGCAUGUUUGAAUUCUGUUGUUGUGGGAUGUAUCCACAAAGAGCUAAACUUCGUAGACCUGGUUCGUCCUGAGAGACUAAGCUUUACAUGCAGAAAAGGUACAGAAAAGACAAACCAUGGGACCAUGGGAACAUCUGAUCAUCUGAUGUAUUUCUACAGGUGUAUCACACUGCUAUGGUGCUACUGUUAUAUUACAAAUGUGGAAAGUAAAAGAUUUUUACCAUACGUGUUUGUAUUUUGCAAAACAACUUAACCUGAAGAUAUUUUUAAUGCAGAUAUCUGCUCACAGUAUAAUUAUUUAUUGAUGCAGAAUGUGGAUUAAAACAUUUUCUUUUUGUUUAUUCUUUUUGAGACAUUCCUAGAAAUGGAUCCUCUAUGGCCCAUAGUUUUAUUAUGACCAAAUAUAUAAUUUACAUCAUUCGCCAUGCUGAGAUUUCUAAAAUUGGGUAGCAAGUACCAAUUCUCAUUAAUAACUAAUUUCUUAUUAGCAGCUUAUUAUUAAGAUAUUGGUUGUUUAUUUUAUUUAUAAAGUACAUAUUCAACAUUAUCCUAUUCCACAACCCUAGUCCUACUACACAAUGCCCAAUCCUAACUACUACCUAACAACUAUCAUAAGCAGCAAAUUAGGAAUUUAUUGAGGCAAAAGUCAUAAUUAAUGGUGUGUUAUUAUCAAGAAUUGUACCUUAAAAUAAAGUGACCAAAUUUAUGCAUUGAUAUCUGCAUUCAUUUCAUGAAAACUAUUACAAACAAAAUCUAAAUUUACGUAUUUGUCAAUAUAAGUUGUACUUCUAAACACAUUUUAUUUUAUUUCAAAGUUUCAAUGACAAAAGAUUCAUUUGCACAAAAUGGAGACCAGUAACACUUUCUAUGACGCUGAAGUUUAAAAUAUAUUAAAAUGGGAUUAGUCAUGCCUUGCAAUGCACCUUAUUAACAUCUAUGCUGUGCUGUAAAAAACUGUAACCACUGAUUAUAAUGCAUACUUAUUCAUUAUUAUACCUACUAAUGUAAUAAACAUAUUACAAUGUUCCAUAUUACAAUUACAUAUUACAAAUAACAAUGUGUUUAAUGCUCCUGGAAGUUGAAUAGGUAAGUAUUAAUCGUGGUUACAGUUAUUUAAAGUACAGCAUGGAUGUGAAAACCUUUAAUAAAUGAAAGCCUCUACAAUAACAUGCAGUUUGUGGAUACAUGAUGCAUAGUGUUGAAAGGGUUGCCAUGCUUUUUAUUUCAGCACUGUGUUCAGUCACUGUUUGUUUGCAUCAAGAAGAAAACCUUGCAUCUGAUUGCAGAGAGAGAGUUUAUGUAAUCAGUGAUGCAUUAGAGGGCCUGUGUUUUAAUCAGUUCACUCCAUUUUUUAAUUUGGCCAUUCCAGCACUGACCUAAUUAAUCAUUUCUACCCAAAUUCUCCACCAGUAGUAAUAUUAAUUAAAUCGGCUUUUUAAGUAAAUUACUAAAUGGCAGGAUCUUUUUUCCUAUUAUCUGUGUAUUAAGCCCACACAUGUUUUUUAAGCAACUUAAAGGGAUAGUUGACCCAAAACUGAAGAUCUUUAGACUAUUUACUCACACUCGAGUGGAUCUAAACCUUUAUGUUUAUUUCUUCUGCUGAACACAAAAGGCGAUAUUUUGCAGCUAAAACCUUCUAUCAUAGAACAAAAAAAAUACUGUGAAAGUCAAUGGUUACAGGUUUCCAACAUUUUUCAAAAUGUGUUUAACAUAAGAAUGGAAUUUAUAAAGGUUUGAAUCAAAUAAUGUCAGAGUGAAGGAUGACAACAUUUUAAUUGAUCUAACUGAACUAUCCCUUUAAAUGUAUAACCUUACUGAAACAUGCAGUAAAUACUUAAAAAUAUUUGCUGAAUUAUACUUCAUAUGAAUGCUUUUGAUUUUAAAUGGACCAUACCAUUUUGACAACCUUGUAGAGUUUAUAUUUGAUGAUGUGUAAUGUUUAUUAAUAACUCACUUCCCCUCUCAUGGAUAACUCUUUAAUUUCCCCUCAUUAUAAACACUUGAUGAUUACGUGUAAAGGAUAAUCAGUUGGUUGCUUGUCUGUACAUGUUCUGUGACUGGGAAUAACACAUGUUGUACAGUAAAAAAAUGCACAAGCAGCA